GAGGAACUCGAUACCCCUCGUAAUUCCAUAUAUAAGAACAGCCAUGGCCGAUGCACCAUUGUUCCCUCAUGACCGCAACCCCAGAACGUCCGAUCCCUGGGCGAAAAGAAAUGCAUGGCGCACCCAAGGCCCUUUCACCGCCCGUGCUCGCUGGAGCCGCGCCCUCCCUGGUCUCCCCCUUGGUGUCGGUGCUUUCAUCGUAUAUUGUGCCGUCGAGUGGGCUCAGGAGAAGUACGGUGAUGCUAAGCCUGCUCACCAUUAAGUGUUGGUGACCUGGGUGGAACGGGUGCUAGUUUUUUGAUAUGGGCGUUUUCUUUUUGUUUUCAUGUAAUCGAUCGGAGGCCAGCAAAGUGAAAGAAACUGUUGCAACUGGCAUGGUGGACUAGGUGAAUGGGUGCCUUCGACAUGGGGGUGGAUUA